AUGGGGAGUAUUAAUAUACUCAAUAUAGAGCUUGUCGACCGAAUCCUGAAGGGACAGGUUGAUGGCGUGAGCUCUGCGCUGCACAAUGCGUGCUUCUGUGUUAUUGGCAACGAGGGUGUAAAAUGUACGUAUAUUGGUGAGCUUGAAGAGCUUAGGUGCAGGCUUUCUACUGCAGUCACUGUCCUGAUUGCUGUUGAGAAAGGCCUCGUCACCCUAGACCAGAACGUGAGGGACAUUGUGCCGGAGCUGGCCGACCUAGAUAUAUUGGAGGGGUUUGACGACGAUGGUGCGCCGCGCUUGAGGAAGUGCACAGCCCCUAUCUCCCUCCGCCAGUUGCUCUCACACAGCAGCGGCUUCUGCUACGACAAACAACACGAGGGGCUUCUGCGGUGGGCUGCUUACGUCGGAAAGGAAGAAAACACCUUCACCGGAUCUUAUAAAGGAUAUCUUCACCCACUGAUUUUCGAGCCUGGCCAGGGCUGGGCGUACGGUCCUGGGAUGGAUUGGGCGGGCCGAACAGUAGGCUCCCCGCACACAACCCGUUCCCCUGACAAUACGAAAGUGGAAGAAGCCGAACAUUAUCUACAGAUCGAAGUUGUUACAAAGCAAGACCUUGAGUCCUUCAUGCGAACCAACAUCUGGACCCCGCUCGAGAUGGCGUCCACGACCUUCAGGCCUUGGAUACGACCAGACCUCGAGGCAAAGCUUGUCGAAAUGGCAUUGCGCAGCCCAGACGGCAGUGUAUCAAAGGCAAAGCUCCUAUCCGCUCUAUUGCGUGACGGUGGUGGCAUCAUCAGUGAGGGGAGUCUUAACGAGCUGCUGCGACCACAAACUGCUGACGCAUCUCAUUUCAACUCCAUGAUGUGCGGCCCGAAGCGAGCCCACCUGGGCCAAACAUGGCCGGAGGGAUCUAAAGGCCACUUUGGACUCAGUUCAUCCAUCAAUGCAGAAAAUUUUCCCGGUCGAAGGGCAGCGAAGAGUGCCAACUGGCAGGGUAUGCCAGGUAUCCAUGCUUGGCUUGAUCGCACGGAAGGCUUAGCGGGACUUUUUAUUACCCAAGUUCUUCCGCCCGGUGAUGAGGUAGUCACCAACUGUUUCUGCGCACUAGAAGAGGCAGUUUAUCAGUUGCAUGUUCCAUGCACCGAGGAAAAUAAAGAAUCCCCUGUAUGA